CCUCCCACGGCCCUAACCGGCCACUCAGAAGUCGGGAACCCCGGGCUGCCGGGGCACCUCCUGGGGGCGGGACCUCAGAGCGCCUGCAGCCCCCCGCGGGCGGGCGAGUGGGAGGGGGAGGAGCAGGCCGAGGGCCCUUCACGCGUGUCCCAGAGACCACCCAGAAAUUACAAUGUCUUCUAGCAGACUGGGGCUCCGUUUGGCUGCCUGUUUACUAAACAUUUCUGAAGCCAGAAGAAAAAACGUAGUUGAGAAAAUAGCAAAAGCUGCUCUUUUUGAAGAAAAUGGAAAGGAACAUUCUGAAACUACAGUGCUCAAUAUAUUUUCUGAUUAUGAUUAUAACAGAUCAGUUAUAACAAUAGCAGCACCUGUUGAGAAGUUGGUCAACUCUAUUCUUGCUGCAUGUGUGGAGGCUUUCCAGCUGAUUGAUAUGGAGGUUCAAGAAGGAAUUCACCCUUGCCUUGGAGCAGUGGACCUCAUUCCCAUCUACCCUCUCUCUGGGGUAGGAGUCGAAGAGUGUGGAUUGGUGGCCAGAAGCUUAGCUGAAAAGCUGACCAUUCGUGUGCCCGGUUGCAGUAUGUUUCUUUUUGGGGAAGCUGACCAUCCAGAGAAACGAAGCCUUGUCCAAAGACGGAAACAGCUUGGCUGGUUCUCAAGGAGGGAAUUCAAUUCUCUUAAACCUGAUUUAGGAACUAUGCCUAACAAAAGAUGUGGCUUAACAGGUAUUGGUGCCAGCCCCUAUGUGAUGAACUGCAAUGUGACAAUUGACUCUCAAGAUUUGGCUACAGGAAAAAAGAUUGCAAGUGCCAUCAGAGGCUCCAAUGUGGAUGGACUAAAGGGUGUUCAAGCUAUGGCUUUUCCUCAUAAUGGGAAAAUUGAAAUUGCUUGUAAUGUAGAGAGUUUUGAAGAUCAAAAUCCUAUAGGAAACACAGGAUAUAUGACAUACUGUAUUCUUGGGCAUCAUUAUUCUUACAUUUCUCCUCAAUCUCUAGAGGCUCAAAUUAAAAAGCUGGCUCACAAUCAGGGAAUUAGCACCAUUGGAACAGCAUUGGUUGGGUUUACCCCUCAGGAGUGCAAAGACUGUGCUGAAUAUGCUCUAAGGGAAAAGAUUGGAGAAUUCUGGAAGAAACGGGAGGGCAUUUUCAUGUGACUCCAGCAAAUGCUGCUUUUGCAUUAAAUGGAAAGUGGCAGCCUCUACCAAACCCUUUCUUCUAAAGAUGAAAAGGAGGUGCACAGAGGUUGGGUUGAAGCUGCAAUAGAAAAAUAGUAUCUGUAAAUGUCAACAAAAAUGGCCUUGUGAUUUUUGCUAUGAUUAUCAGGAAUACUUACCUACCGUGUGGUAGUUAUAAAAGAUCUUGGAAGAAAAAAAUCAAUCCUUGGAAAAAGAAAAUAUAUAUAUACAUAUAUAUAUAC